AUGGGGGACGCAGAGAUGUCUGUGUUUGGGGCUGCAGCCCCGUACCUGAGGAAGUCGGAUAGGGAGCGUAUGGAGGCCUCCCUGCGUAUCUUCGACAUAAAGAAGGAAUGCUUUGUCCCAGAUCAAGUGGAAGAGUUUGUGAAGGCAACCAUCACAAGCCGAGAUGGAGACAAGGUCACCGUGGAUACACAGCGUGGGAAGAGUGUGACUGUCAAGGACUCUCAGAUUAUGCAACAGAAUCCUCCAAAGUUUGACAAGCUGGAGGACAUGGCCAUGCUGACCUUCCUCCAUGAACCAGCUGUGCUGUUUAACCUCAAAGAGCGUUAUGCAGCAUGGAUGAUCUAUACCUACUCUGGGCUGUUCUGUGUGACUGUCAACCCCUACAAGGCGCUGCCAGUCUACAACCAACAAGUGGUUACUGCCUACAGAGGAAAGAAGAGGCAGGAAGCUCCUCCUCAUAUCUUCUCCAUCUCUGACAAUGCCUACCAGUACAUGCUGGCAGAUCGUGAAAACCAGUCAAUUCUGAUCACUGGAGAAUCUGGUGCAGGAAAGACUGUCAACACAAAGAGAGUCAUCCAAUAUUUUGCAAGCAUUGCAGCUGGAGGCAUGAAGAAGGACAUUGAACAUACACAAUGUUCUCUGUGUCAGGGUACCCUGGAGGAUCAAAUCAUCCAGGCUAAUCCAGCACUGGAGGCCUUUGGUAACGCCAAGACCAUCAGGAAUGACAACUCCUCUAGAUUUGGUAAAUUCAUCAGAAUUCAUUUUGAUGCCAGGGGAAAGUUAGCCUCCGCUGAUAUCGAAACCUACCUUCUGGAGAAGUCUCGUGUGACCUUCCAGCUCAAGGCUGAGAGAGAUUAUCACAUUUUCUACCAGAUUCUCUCCAACAAGAAGCCUGAACUCUUGGAGAUGUUGCUGAUCACAAAUAAUCCCUACGACUAUGCCUCCAUCUCUCAGGGAGAAACCCAAGUGGCCUCCAUUGAUGAUGCGGAGGAACUGAUGGGAACAGAUAGUGCGUUUGAUGUGUUGGGCUUUACUCAAGAGGAAAAGAACUCUGUUUACAAACUGACUGGUUCCAUCAUGCAUUAUGGCAACAUGAAGUUCAAGCAGAGGCAGCGAGAGGAGCAGGCUGAGGCUGAUGGCACUGAGGAUGCUGAAAAAUCAACUUAUCUGAUGGGUCUGAACUGUGCCGACCUCAUCAAAGGUCUCUGCCACCCCAGAGUCAAAGUAGGAAAUGAGUGGGUCACCAAGGGACAAAGUGUCGCCCAGGUCACCUAUGCUGUUGGAGCUCUAUCUAAGGCUAUUUAUGAAAAGAUGUUCCUGUGGAUGGUAAUUAGAAUCAAUCAGUCACUGGAGACCAGGCAGCCUCGCCAGUACUUCAUUGGAGUGCUGGACAUUGCUGGAUUUGAGAUCUUUGAUUACAACACGUUUGAGCAGUUGUGCAUCAACUUCACCAAUGAAAAACUGCAACAGUUUUUCAACCACCACAUGUUUGUGCUGGAGCAGGAAGAGUACAAAAAGGAGGGCAUUGAAUGGACUUUCAUUGAUUUUGGUAUGGAUUUGCAGGCCUGUAUCGACCUCAUUGAGAAGCCCAUGGGUAUCAUGUCCAUCCUUGAAGAGGAGUGCAUGUUCCCUAAAGCUUCUGAUGCCACCUUCAAAGCUAAGCUCUAUGACAACCAUCUGGGGAAAUCUGCCAACUUCCAGAAGCCCAGAAUUGUCAAAGGAAAACCAGAGGCUCAUUUUGCCCUGAUGCACUACGCUGGAACUGUCGAUUAUAAUAUAUACAACUGGCUGGUGAAGAACAAAGAUCCUCUGAACGAGACUGUUGUUGGAUUGUACCAGAAGUCCAAUCUCAAGCUGCUCCCUGUCCUUUUUGCAAAUUACACAGGAGUUGAUGCAGUUCUUGGUGAAGGUACUGAAGUUAAAAAAGAGAAGAAAAAGAAGGGAUCAUCAUUUCAGACUGUGUCCGCUCUUCAUAGGGAGAACCUGAACAAGUUGAUGACCAACUUGAGGUCUACUCACCCCCACUUUGUACGCUGCAUCAUCCCCAAUGAGACCAAGACUCCUGGGGCCAUGGAGAACCCGCUGGUGAUGCACCAGCUGCGCUGUAACGGUGUUCUGGAAGGAAUCAGAAUCUGCAGAAAGGGUUUCCCCAACAGGAUCCUCUACGGAGAUUUUAAACAGAGAUACCGUAUCCUGAACCCUGCUGCCAUCCCUGAGGGGCAGUUCAUUGACAGCAGGAAGGGAGCCGAGAAACUCCUUGGGUCUUUGGAUAUAGAUCACAAUCAAUACAAGUUUGGACACACCAAGGUGUUCUUUAAGGCUGGAUUACUGGGUGUGCUUGAAGAAAUGAGAGAUGAGCGGCUCUCCAAAAUCAUCACCGGUAUUCAAGCCAGAUCCCGAGGGCUUUUGUCUCGUAUUGAGUUUCAGAAAAUUGUGGAACGCAGGGAUGCUCUAUUGGUGAUCCAGUGGAAUGUCCGAUCCUUCAUGGGGGUCAAGAAUUGGCCCUGGAUGAAGCUGUUCUUCAAAAUUAAACCUCUGUUGAGAUCUGCUGAGUCAGAAAAGGAGAUGGCCAACAUGAAGGAAGAAUUCCUGAAGCUGAAAGAGGCUUAUGCCAAGUCUGAAGCUCGUAGGAAGGAACUGGAGGAGAAAAUGGUUUCCCUUCUCCAAGAGAAGAAUGACCUGCACCUUCAAGUCCAGUCUGAGCAAGAUAAUCUGUGCGAUGCUGAAGAAAGAUGCGAGGGGCUGAUCAAAAACAAAAUCCAGAUGGAAGCAAAAGCUAAAGAGCUGACAGAGAGGCUGGAGGACGAGGAAGAGAUGAACGCUGAACUGACGGCCAAAAAGAGGAAGCUGGAGGACGAGUGCUCUGAGUUAAAGAAAGACAUUGAUGACUUAGAGUUAACUCUGGCAAAAGUGGAGAAAGAGAAGCAUGCCACUGAGAACAAGGUGAAGAACCUGGUCGAGGAGAUGGCAGCUCUGGAUGAGAUCAUUGCCAAGCUGACCAAGGAAAAGAAAGCCUUACAGGAGGCUCAUCAGCAAACACUGGAUGACCUGCAGAGUGAAGAGGACAAAGUCAAUACUCUGACCAAGGCCAAGGCCAAGCUGGAGCAGCAAGUGGAUGAUCUUGAAGGGUCUCUUGAACAAGAGAAGAAAGUUCGUAUGGACCUUGAGAGAGCCAAGAGAAAGCUGGAGGGAGACUUGAAGCUCACUCAGGAGACUGUUAUGGAUCUAGAAAAUGACAAGCAGCAGUUGGAGGAGCGACUGAAAAAGAAAGACUUUGAAAUCAGUCAGCUGAUUGGCAAAUAUGAAGAUGACCAGGCCAUGAUCAUUCAACUGCAGAAGAAGAUCAAAGAGCUGCAGGCUCGUGUUGAAGAGUUGGAGGAAGAGCUUGAAGCAGAGCGAGCUGCCCGAGCCAAGGUGGAGAAGCAGAGAGCAGAAUUGGCCAGAGAGCUGGAGGAGAUCAGUGAGAGGCUGGAGGAGGCCGGUGGAGCCACAUCUGUUCAGAUUGAGAUGAACAAGAAGAGGGAGGCUGAGUUCCUGAAACUGCGCAGAGACCUUGAAGAGGCCACUCUUCAUCAUGAAGCCACCGCUGCUACACUCAGGAAGAAACAAGCUGACAGUGUUGCUGACUUGGGAGAGCAGAUAGACAACCUGCAGAGAGUCAAGCAGAAACUGGAGAAGGAGAAGAGUGAGCUCAGACUGGAGCUGGAUGAUGUGGUGUCCAGUAUGGAACACGUAGUUAAGUCUAAGACUAUCUUGGAGAAGACCAGCAGAACCAUGGAGGAUCAAAUGAAUGAAUAUAGAAACAAGUGUGAUGAAUACCAGAGAUCCUUCAACGACUUCACCACCCACAGAGCGAAGCUUCAAGCAGAGAAUGAUGAGCUAUCAAGACAGAUGGAGGAGAAGGAAUCUCUCGUUUCUCAGCUGACUCGAGGAAAGAAUUCCUAUAAUCAACAACUUGAAGAUUUGAAAAGACAACUAGAGGAGGAAGUAAAGGCCAAGAAUGCAUUAGCCCAUGCAGUGCAGUCCUCCCGUCAUGACUGUGACCUGCUCAGGGAGCAGUAUGAGGAGGAGCAGGAGGCCAAGGCAGAACUGCAGCGCAGCAUGUCCAAGGCCAACUCUGAGGUAGCUCAGUGGAGAACUAAGUACGAAACUGAUGCCAUCCAGAGGACCGAGGAGCUGGAGGAGGCCAAAAAAAAGCUCACACAGCGUCUGCAGGAUGCUGAGGAGGCUGUUGAAGCAGUGAAUGCUAAAUGUUCCUCUCUGGAGAAGACCAAGCACAGACUGCAGAAUGAGAUCGAAGAUCUUAUGGUGGAUGUGGAGAGGUCUAAUGCUGCCGCUGCUGCUCUGGACAAGAAGCAAAGAAACUUUGACAAGGUCCUGUCUGAGUGGAAGCAGAAGUAUGAGGAGUCUCAGUGUGAGCUGGAGAGCUCUCAGAAAGAAGCCAGGUCUCUGAGCACUGAGCUCUUUAAACUGAAAAACUCCUACGAGGAGUCUCUUGAUCAUCUGGAGACCCUGAAGAGAGAGAACAAGAAUCUGCAGGAGGAAGUUUCUGACCUCACUGAGCAACUUGGUGAGGGAGGAAAAACUGUUCAUGAGUUGGAGAAGAUUCGUAAGCAGCUGGAGCAGGAAAAGAGUGAGAUUCACUCUGCCCUCGAGGAAGCAGAGAGUUCCCUCGAGCAUGAGGAGGGCAAGAUUCUGAGAGCCCAGCUUGAGUUCAACCAGAUCAAGGCGGACAUGGAGCGCAAACUAGCUGAGAAAGACGAGGAGAUGGAACAGAGCAAGAGGAACCUGCAGAGGACCAUUGACACCCUGCAGAGCUCUCUUGAAGCUGAGAGUCGCAGCAGGAAUGAGGCCAUGCGUCUGAAGAAGAAGAUGGAGGGAGACCUCAAUGAGAUGGAGAUCCAGCUCAGCCAGGCCAACAGGCAGGCAGCUGAGGCCCAGAAACAACUCAAAUCUGUUCAUGCACAUUUGAAGGAUGCUCAGCUCCAGCUUGAUGACUCUCUGAGAUUCAAUGAAGAUAUGAAGGAAAACAUGGGCAUGGUUGAGAGACGCAAUAACCUGCUUCAGGCUGAAGUGGAAGAGCUGAGAGCUGCUCUGGAGCAAACUGAAAGAGGUCGCAAACUUGCUGAGCAAGAGCUGAUGGAUGUUAGUGAGAGGGUGCAGCUACUGCACUCACAGAAUACCAGCCUGAUCAACCAGAAGAAGAAGCUGGAGGCCGAUACGUCCCAGCUUCAAACUGAAGUGGAGGAAGCAGUGCAGGAGUCCAGAAAUGCAGAGGAAAAGGCCAAAAAGGCCAUUACUGAUGCAGCCAUGAUGGCAGAGGAGCUGAAGAAAGAGCAGGACACCAGCUCUCACCUGGAGCGUAUGAAGAAGAACAUGGAGCAAACCAUCAAAGACCUGCAGCACCGUCUGGAUGAAGCUGAACAGAUCGCCAUGAAGGGAGGCAAGAAGCAAAUGCAGAAGCUCGAGGCCAGGAUAAGGGAGCUGGAAAACGAGGUGGAGAUGGAGCAGAAAAAAGGCGGUGAAGCUGUGAAGGGUAUCCGUAAAUAUGAGCGCCGCAUCAAGGAACUUACCUAUCAGACUGACGAGGACCACAAGAAUAUUGCCCGACUCCAGGAUCUAGUGGACAAGCUGCAGCUAAAAGUCAAAGCUUACAAGAGAUCUGCUGAGGAGGCUGAGGAACAGGCGAAUGUUCACCUUGGCAAGUUCCGCAAGCUGCAGCAUGACCUGGAUGAGGUGGAAGAGCGAGCUGACAUCGCUGAGUCACAGGUCAACAAGCUGCGCGCCAAGAGCCGGGACGUGGGCUCAAAGGUUUGA